AUGGCUGUGGCCGCUGAGGGCGCCCGCAGGAGGGAGCGCGUCCUCUGCCUGUUUGACGUGGACGGGACCCUCACGCCCGCUCGCCAGAAAAUUGACCCUGAGGUGGCUGCCUUCCUGCAGAAGCUCCGAAGUCGGGUGCAGAUCGGCGUGGUGGGCGGCUCGGACUACUCCAAGAUUGCUGAGCAGCUGGGAGAGGGGGAUGAAGUCAUUGAGAAGUUUGAUUACGUGUUUGCCGAGAAUGGGACGGUGCAAUACAAGCAUGGACGGCUGCUCUCCAAGCAGACCAUCCAGAACCACCUCGGGGAGGAGCUGCUGCAGGACCUGAUCAACUUCUGCCUCCGCUACAUGGCGCUGCUCAAACUGCCCAAGAAGCGAGGAACCUUCAUCGAGUUCCGGAACGGCAUGCUGAACAUCUCGCCCAUCGGCCGCAGCUGCAGCCUGGAGGAGCGGAUCGAGUUCUCUGAGCUGGACAAGAAGGAGAGGAUCCGGGAGAAGUUCGUGGAAGCUCUGAAGACGGAGUUUGCCGGCAAAGGGCUGAGGUUCUCCCGAGGCGGCAUGAUCAGCUUCGACGUGUUCCCUGAGGGCUGGGACAAGCGCUACUGCCUGGACAGCCUGGACCCCGAGAGCUUCGACACCAUCCACUUCUUCGGGAAUGAGACCAGCCCGGGCGGGAACGACUUUGAGAUCUACGCCGACCCCCGGACGGUGGGCCACAGCGUGGUGUCCCCUCAGGACACGGUGCAGCGAUGCCGAGAGAUCUUCUUCCCAGAGACGGCCCACGAGGCGUGA